UCCGAUCGAUUGUUCCUGUUAAUCCGGCCGCAAAAGAGGCGAUCCUUUUCUUAUCGGCCUUAUACUAUGUCCAGCCCGAAUUGCAUUCCCUUACGUCCCCAUACGGUCACGUUAAGUGUUCUCCUGUUGCGGAUAACUGUGAUUUGUGUAAGCGGGAGCGGCCAGACCCAGACGGCUGUCCCCAGCCCCAGCCCGGCCAGAACUUUGGUUUGGGGACCGGGACUGAAAGCUGACGUUGUUCUUCCCGCUCGGUACUUCUUUAUACAAGCUGCGGACAGUGCUGGAGCCAACAUCACGUCAUCUCCCGGGGAGACAGCCUUCGAGGUGAAGAUCACCGCUCCGGGCGAACACUUCACUCGUAUCUGGGUGCAGGUCCUGGACCGCAGAGAUGGCUCCUACUUGGUGCGCUACAGGAUGUAUGCUAGCUACUCUUCGCUGCACAUCGACGUCCUGCUCAAUGGAGGCCACGUCGCCAGGUCCCCGUACGUCCUCAAAGGACCUGUGUACCACGAGGCCUGUAUCUGCCCCCAAGCCUCAGCUGAUAUGUGGCUGAAGCACAUGGGCUGCCCAGCCUCUAUCCACCAGAUCCGGGAGGACCUGUCCUACUUCCCCACUGUGGACCCUGACCGCAUUGCCCAGGAGAUUCCUCUCCGGUUUGGGCAGAGACAGAGCUUGUGCCAUUACACCAUCAAAGACAACCAGAUUUAUAUUAAGACUCACGGGGAGCAUGUGGGCUUCAGGAUCUUUAUGGAUGCCUUCCUGCUGUCCCUCACCAGGAAAGUGAAGGUUCCCGACGUGGAGCUUUUUGUGAACCUUGGCGACUGGCCUUUGGAGAAGAGGACGCCCUCUGAGGGGCUGCAUCCCAUUUUCUCCUGGUGCGGAUCCAACGACACGCGGGACAUAGUCCUGCCGACCUACGACCUCACCGAGUCCGUUCUGGAAACCAUGGGCAGGGUCAGCUUAGACAUGAUGUCGGUACAGGCCAACACAGGCCCUCCGUGGGGGGGGAAGAAUGCCACGGCCUUCUGGAGGGGGCGGGAUAGCCGUAAGGAGCGUCUGGACCUGGUGAAGCUGAGCCGGGCCCACCCCGACCUCAUUGACGCCGCUUUCACCAACUUCUUCUUCUUCAAACAUGACGAGAGUCUCUACGGGCCACUGGUGAAGCACGUCUCCUUCUUUGACUUCUUCAAGUUCAAGUACCAGAUCAACGUGGACGGCACAGUGGCGGCCUACCGGCUUCCGUACCUGCUGGCCGGGGGCAGCGUGGUGCUGAAGCAGGAUUCCGGAUAUUACGAGCACUUCUACCGCGAGCUGCGGCCGUGGGAGCAUUACAUCCCCUUCAGGCGCGACCUCAGCGACCUGCUGGACAAGAUCCGCUGGGCCAGGGAGCACGAUGAGGAGAGCAGAAAGAUCGCGGCAGCUGGCCAGCAAUUUGCACGGACUCGCCUCAUGGGGGACGACAUUUUCUGCUAUUACUUCAAGCUCCUCCAGGCCUACGCUGCUCUGCAGAUCAGCAACCCUAAGGUGCGGGAAGGGAUGGAGCAGCUGCAGCAGCCGAAUGAAGAGCUUUUCCCCUGUUCCUGUCACAGGCAGAGGGCCAGUGAUGAGCUUUGACUGAUGGAGAACUGCACAAAUAUGAAGGGCUCUGUAUGUGUCCCUGCAAACCUGUUUUUAUACACACAUGCUGCAAGGACCUGCUAUUACUUUGCACAAUACAAUGUUUUAUAAUAAACUGUUUUUCACUAUUAUGAACUUUCUAGUACAUUUCAAUUUUGAUUCAUUUGCACAUAGCAUUUGUCUGUGUCACUAUUAGCUGAAGACUGCAGUAGUCAUUUUGGCCUGUGAUCAACAGUGAAUUCUACGUUUUUUUAUAUAUUUUAAUAAAGUGUUUUCAUGAUA